AUGUUGCGCAGCCCCGUACAAAAACCGUGGGAGUACAUCAGACACCACUCCUCUUGUGCAAUAACAGAGAACAUUGUCAACACUGCUGCGCAGCAGGGAUACUCAGACUGCAACUCCCUGAAGCAGCGGCGGUAUCGACCGCUGAAUCGAGCAGCAACGAGAAGGCUGCUGCGGACACAAGCAGCACAGCGCAGAAGGACACCCAGAGUACGCGACCCUAGCAACAUAACUGGACUUCGGCCAGCCGGGCACCCCGGAGCCUCAACGACACAAUGCCGACAGAGUAACUCUGCUUCAGGAAGCCCUACCGGAGAGACGGCUGCAUCUCAUAUCUCUCAAAGAUCAAGACAGGAUCUAGUGCUCCAGCCGACGGCUACUGCGACCCAGACUACGAAGUCUGCAGAAAGCACUUUGAAAACUCCUACACAGGGGGCGGUAGCACGGAGAAGCACUCACCUCGGAUGCUGGAAAAUUCUUUGA